AUGAAAUUUAAUUCAAAGAAAAACGCUAUCCUAGGAAUCAUACUUUUUGGUAUUUACAUAAUAGUGGAUCUCUUCAUCGAUGAGACAUUACUUUAAUACACUUACAAAUUGAUCUUUUCUAUUAAGAAUCCCUAGUUUAUUGAGUUUAGCUAUCUGAUUAAGAGUACCUCUUUAUUGCUAUGCGAAAUCAUAUUUCUCUACCUAUAUCUGAGUUUCAAUAAGAAAUUAGAUGUGCUUUUGUUGAUUUUAUUCAGUUGUAAGUAUAUAAUCAAGGCAGACCCUAUAUGUUCAACACAGAUGUUUAAACAAUGCAUUGCAGAAUUAGGUAAACCCUCAGGUCAUGCUAUUUGUAUUGUCUCUUAUAUGAUAUCCCUCUAUAAGGCUGACCGUUUUGAGAAUGAAGAAGAAAUGAAGGUGCCACUUUUUAAAGCAAUUCUCUACACAAUCAUAGCUUUCAUAGUUUGUUCAUCCAGAGUAAUUCUAGGAGUGCAUUCUAUUGGAUAAGUAGUUUAUGGCAUCAUAUUUACAUUAUGCAUGUAUAUGAUUUACCUGAAUGUUGUGCAUUAAUACCUAAAGAAAUUCCUUUAUAAGCAUAUCAAAUAUUCUAGUCACAAAUUAACCUUCUUUACAGCUACUUUGUUUUUAGCAUUUUUAACACUAUCUUUAUCAGCUGAUUUCUACUCCCGCAAUUACUAUGCAUAGAAUUCUGAUUUAUAUUAUAAAUUUAUGGAUGCUGUUUAGGAAUGUAGGGUAAGGAAUGGAUUGGAAAAAUUAAAUGAUGAAACCGGAUUCAUCCUCUAGAGAUCGACUUCUCAUUCCUAUGGCUAAUAUUUUAUUGUCAUAGGAGCAUUGUUGGGACUGGUUAUUUUCAGAGGAGUCUAUGAAGAAGGAUUGUAUGAGGUGCAGUCUAAAUUCAGAACAAGAUUGACUCUCUUUAUCAGAAUCAUGAUCUUUUACUUAAUGGUAUUUUCAGUUUAGUAUGGGAUGGAGUACUUUGAACCACAAUAAUAUGAAUCAUACCUUGUAAUCAUAGUGGUCGGACAUAUCAUAUUAGGAUUGUGUGUAACCUUAAUCUAUCCCAUAUUAAUGUAUUUUUUGGGAUUGGAAAUAUAUGGAAGUAUGCAAUGUGUUAAUAAGUCUACUCUAUUUAUUGAUUAUUCAAAUAUAUGGGAAUCAGAUAGUCUGAUUUAAGAAUGA